AUGGGGCCAUUUCCAUCAUCACAUGGCAACAAGUACAUCCUGGUAGCUGUUGAUUAUGUCUCAAAAUGGGUGGAAGCUAUUGCAAGUCCCACCAAUGAUGCAAGAGUGGUAAUCAAGAUGUUCAAGAGCACCAUCUUUCCAAGGUUCGGAGUUCCAAGAGUUAUAAUAAGUGAUGAAGGGUCUCAAUUCAUCAACAAACUGCUUGAGGGACUUCUCAGGAAGAACGGUGUUAAGCACAAGGUUGAAACUCCUUACCAUCCUCAAACAAGCGGUCAAGAUGAGAUUUCUAACAGAGAGAUCAAGUCCAUUCUGGAGAAGGUUGUGGGGAUUACAAGGAAGGAUUGGUCAGUUAAGCUUGAUGAUCCGCUUUGGGCUUACAGGACAGCUUACAAGACACCUCUGGGGACCACACCUUUCAACCUAUUGUACGGGAAAGCUUGCCAUCUACCAGUGGAGCUUGAGUACAAGGCGCUUUGGGCCGUAAAGUUGCUGAACUUUGACAUCAAGAGUGCCAAGGAGAAAAGGCUUUUUCAGCAACAUGAGCUUGAUGAGAUAAGAAUGGAUGCCUUCGAAAACUCAAGGAUCUACAAGGAGAAGACUAAAUCUUUCCUUGACAAGAAUAUCCUAAAGAGAGAGAAAGCUUAA